AUGAACUGUAGGAAAAUGUUGACUACACCAGACAUGAAAGCUGUCUUGGCUAAACUGCUGGGAACUAAGACGAUGGAGGAGUUUCUGCGCAAGGCAAAACAAGGUUGGAUGACGUAUCCCAUGAUAGAUGGGAGUGAGUUCAAUGCAUAUUGUGAUGUGAUGUGGAGGGUGCUGCCAGAUAAAGAGCGGAGACCGAAAGAACAGGAAAAGAACAUUCAGCGGAAGUUGAAACAGCCACCUCUAAGGGGGACACUGCAAAAGGGACCCAGCGAUGCAGACCGUGCAGACGCUAACUGCGGUAAAACCUGUGACAGUAACCUGCUUAAUCACCUGUUGUGA